UUAUUGAUAUAGAUUAACAAGUAUGUACCUAUCACAGGGAUACAACGGAUCUCAACAAUGGGAUGUUGCUUUUUCUGUUCAAGCAAUCUUGGCAACCAACCUUGUCGAGGAAUAUGGUCCAAUGCUUAAGAAAGCUCACAACUUCAUCAAAAACACACAAGUCAAAGAAAAAAGUGGCGGCAACCUUAAUUCCUGGUAUCGCCACAUUUCGAAGGGAGGAUGGCCUUUCUCAACACCAGAUAAUGGCUGGAUUGUAUCAGAUUGCACAUCGGAAGGUUUGAAGGCAGCACUCUUGUUAUCAAGAAUGCCAUCUGACGUUGUGGACGUAAAGAUUACACCAGAUCAGUUAUAUGAUGCUGUUAAUGUUAUUUUAUCUUUACAGAACAACAGCGGUGGUUUUGCAUCAUAUGAGCUCACAAGAUCUUACGCAUGGUUGGAAAUGUUCAAUCCAGCAGAAUUGUUUCGAGAUAUCAUCAUUGACUAUCAGUAUGUGGAAUGCACUUCGGCAGCUAUUCAAAGCCUUAAAUUAUUUCUGAAGCUGCAUCCAAGUUAUAAAAAGAAAGAAAUAGAAGCUUGUGUUGCAAAAGCAAUCAACUUCAUUGAAAGUAUACAACUACCUGAUGGAUCAUGGUAUGGGUCAUGGGGAGUUUGCUUUGUCUACGGAACAUGGUUUGGGAUAAAGGGGCUGGUAGCUGGCGAUAGGACCUAUCACAACUGUCAUAGCAUCAGAAAAGCCUGUGAUUUCUUACUGUCGAAGCAGCUUGAAUCUGGUGGGUGGGGAGAGAGCUAUCUAUCCAGCCAAAAUAAGGAGUACACUAAUUUGGAAGGAAACAGAGCGCACCUGGUGACGACUGCAUGGGCAAUGUUAGCUCUGAUGGAAGCUGGACAGGCGGAGAGAGAUCCAACACCAUUGCAUCGCGCAGCCAAGGUGUUGCUGAAUUCACAGUUGGAAAAUGGAGAAUUCCCGCAGCAGGACAUCAUUGGAGUGUUCAAUAAGAAUUGCAUGAUCAGCUACUCAGCCUACAGAAAUAUAUUUCCCAUAUGGGCCCUUGGGCACUACCUUAACCGCCUUCUGCUUCCUUCUCCCUCACAACUCAAACAGGCCUAGACGGACCCACUCCUGUAAAUAAAUCAAACACAAUGUGUGAUUGUGUUCAAACUUUGAAUCUUUCCAAAAUAAUUAUUAAA